UCCAGUUGUAAAGGGGUCAGGAGCCAGGCAAGGAGAGCCUGAACAAGAGGAGCAUUUUCCAGGGCUCUUCCAGCUGUUCUGUUCAAUCCCGCCGUCGGUUCUGAGCAGGGAAGAGAGACUGUCAACACAAAUAAGGCAUUUUUCAAAGGCGUAAAUUAUGAGUUACCAAAACAAUGCGACAUCUCAGCCACCUGGAGACAUUGAGAGCCCCACAGCUGGAGCAGAUGUGGCUGUUAUUGGAGGUGUGAUAGCUGCAGUGGUAUUUGUCCUCAUUUGCCUGCUGGUGGUGAUGGUCCGGUACAUGUACAGGCAUAAGGGCACCUACCACACCAACGAGGCAAAAGGAACUGAGUUUGCCGAAAGCGCAGAUGCCGCUUUGAAAAAUGACCCCGCUCUCCAGGAAGCAGUGGAUGAGAGCAAAAAGGAAUAUUUCAUUUGAGAGGCAAGGAUUUCCAUGGAGCCUCCCCGAAGGGAAUCAAUCAGAAAUGCUACAUCAACAGAAGUGCUAAGAGAUGGAUAAUAUGAGGAUACAAGCAAGCGUCCUAAUUGAAAAGUAUCUCUUUACUUUUUUUGUCACUGGGUUGUUUCUUUUCCUCUACCGGUGAAGAACUAAAUGCUAGAUACUUGCCUGUUGAUUUUAUUAGCAACACAGCUGGUCACAGUUGAAAUCAAUAUCAGAUAAGAAGAAACAAAAUCUCAGUAUGAGUGAUACACCAAAACCAGAUAAAGAUAGCAAAUGUCAAGCCUUGACAUUUGGUGAAAAUAGCAGAUGCCAAUGGAAAACAUCCUCUUAGAGUUAAUGAUGCAUCCUAUGCUGAUAUGAUACAGAACUAACUGAAAUUGAAUUUCAAAUGGUCACAGAACAAACAUUAAACUAGAUAAAGCUGAUGUAGCUGGAACAAAAAUAGCUUUCUAGCCCAGAUAUCUCCCCCCUCCCCUUAAAUGUGCAAUUUUAUUGGCGCAGGGGAGUUUGUUUUGUUUGUUUGGGGAUUUAGAUUGGGAUUUUUUUUUUUAAUUUUUUGAAUUUUAUGUAUAUAAAAAUCAAAGACACUUCAAAGAAAUAAAACUAUUGGAAAACAUGGAAGAUGUAAGAAUGAAGGAUUUAUUUCUAACUCCCUCUGCAUGGCAGCUUGAGAACUGCAAAAUGUUGGAAUUUACAGUGUAGUAUAUGAUAGUCAGUAGACUUACAAAUAUGAUUCCAAUUAGUUGGUAGGUUCCCUGCAUGCAUGCAUAAAUAGAUACAUGUUAAAAGGUAAAGCAUCUUGGUUUGAGCAGGCUUUUUGAAACAACGGAGCUCAACUAGAUUUUUUCAUGUAAGAUAUUUUUGUCUGAGUAUUUAUUUAUUUAUUUUGCAUUGGAAAAUUCUCUCGAAUGCCCACCAGCAGGAUUUUGGAUUUUUGCAGGGAGAGGAAUUCAGUUCUGGUGCAGAUACUGAUAAACCUUAUACCAAUGCAACCAUAAGACUGCCACUAUAAAGCAGCUUGUUCAUCUGCAUACCACUGGCUUGUAUUGAUGUCUCCCUCUGUAUGGCCUCUGUAUAUCCUUUGCAUCAUGCUAGAUAAGAGAAUUACACUGACCAUCGAUGCUUUAUUAUAAAUAAAUAAAUAGAUUAGUCAUGGUGGGUCACAUGAAAAGAUCUUAUUCCUUGCCUAAGAAUCGACAGUAAUGAGUUUCUUUACCCCAAUAAGUUGGCUUCCUAAUUGAAGCCCACAAUUAGCUCCAGAAGUAGAAUAAUUGUUCUCUGCACCUGCUCAUCCCCAGCUGCGAUGGUGCCCUGGACUACUGAAAAUAGAGGGGGAGAAACACACAAUAACAAAUAAGACACUGAUGAGCUCUGCUCAACUCGGUAUGUUUUCUCCUGUUUUGAUCUAUAUAUGUGUGUACAUAUAUAUAAAAUAAUCUGCAAUUGUGCUUUCAAGACAUUGUUCCUGAUGACUUGUGCUCACUUCUUUGCACCAAAGCUUGGAAAGCUCCUGGACUCCAGUAUUCAUUAUCAAUAUUGGCCACAAAAAUGCUGUAAGAGAAGACAGAUCUGAACAAGAAAAGACUCUGAGGACCUAAGUGAAGAAAUGGGUUGUUUUCGUCUUUCAAUUGCAAUCUCAGUCUUUUCUCAGUACCUGAAGGAGGAGGACUAUGAACUAUUCUUAGAAUUCCAAUACCUUUGAUUUUGAAUCUUAAAUCCCCGCAUGUUUGCAUUUUAACCAAAGAAUAUCAAAAUUGUGCCAAAUUUACUAAAUGCUUAAGAUAUUUUUUGUAACAUACCAUUGCACAACCACAUUGUAUUCUGUGGCUAGUGCAGUAUAAAAUGCACGAAAUCCAGCACUAGCAGAUCUCAAAUAUUUUGAUAUUUUGCACCUGUUUCCUUCUAAGAUACAUUAUUAUUUUUACCUUUUUACUACUUUUGAAAAAGGAAUCUGGUUUUAUUUUUCUAGGACAAGUGCUGGAGAAAAAAGCUUAUCUUAGCUGUAAGACUGAGUUUGUAAAACUGAAGACCCCUAACCCUCCAGUUCAAUAAAAAUAUAAAUAUUUCCUCUGAGGAGAGGGUAAAUGGGGUGACUUCAGCUCUGCUUCAUCUCCCAGACAAGGCAUGGGAACACCAAAAACUUUCCUCCAGUGCUAGGCUAGCAGGACCUAUAGACGACUACUAGUGUUUUGUCCCCUUUUAUAUGCUCAGAACCAUGUAAUGUUAGUUUGGCUGUUAACGAAAACUGACUUUAGAGGAAGGUAUGAGGGAUAUGGGUAAUAAAUUUCUGCCUCCCUCCACAGUCUUGAAAUUCUGUUUUUUGCAGCUUGAGCCUACUUAUUAUAAUUAGACAACUGUGUCAUACCUGAUACACAGGAGAACCUGAAUUAGUGUCUCUUUUGGGGUGUGCUUGAGUUUUUUAAUUAUGAGGUGGACUGAGACUGUCCACAUUGGAACUAUAGAGGCCAGAUUUUCUGGUGGUACAACAUGAGUUCAGUGGAGCUCAGCCAAUUCUUACCAGUUCCGUUAACAACAGACUUUGUGUCAUUGCUUCCCCUAAAUCUGAACUGAAUGCAACUACUGGUCUUUGACUAUAUCCCUUCUUAGGCACUUAAUUAAAUCUCUUUAGCCCAUUUUUCCUAUUCACCUAGGUUGACAAACAGUCCAAGAGUACAACAACAGCUUCCUUACCAGUAGUGAGCCACUUGUUGAAUAUUUGCAGAGCAGUGAAUCUGGCAAGAGCUAUGGUUUCAGUUAGUUUAUUUUUUUACAGUAUCAUUUGGGAUUCCAGGGCUUUCAGUAUUUAGAAAUUACUCAAGAACACUGAACACAUAGAAGAGGUGGUUUGUGGAGAUUUUCUAUUUAUUUGUUUUUUUCAGGACAAAUUUUGCUUUGUAAUGAAGAACACUCAUGACAUCUGACGACUGGCAGACUCUAAUGGCCUCAUCCUGCUAUUUUUUUACUCAUACAAUAACUCUCCUGUCUUGAGUCAUUCAAUUUAGUUGAAAAAAGAAUGCAUUACAAACUUCCUAUAACUUUUAGGACUAAUUAGCAAAACAUCUUUCUUCAAGCAGCAUGCUGUGCUAAAACAAGCAUUAUGUACAACGCUGAGCCAUCUCAGUUGGCAGCCAUAGCUUUUCAUCACUGAUGAUUAAUUUAUUUUUACAAUUUGCUUCCUGAAUAGGAGAAUUAAGGAAACAGUUUCUUUUUCCCCCACAUACUUUUAUCUCAGAUCCCUCCACUGCUGUGGCCUGUUGUCCUGCAGCUCUCUGGUGCUCUGUCUCCCCAGCCAUGACUGCCAUUCUUGCUUGCAGUCCGCCAGGCUCCCAUCUGGAUCCCUACUGCCUUCCCUAUGGCAAAGGAUUGGCCGUUUACUUAUGUGUUUAUUUAUCUACUUUUUUCAAUGAAGAAACUCUGUCCCUCUCUGCCAGCCAAGAACCAAUUUUCAAAGAAGCUUUAGCUUUGGAUUGCCAAUCUUGUGUCAAAUUUGAUCAAACUUGACCAACCUGACCUGAGACUGAUUUACAAAGUCUUCACCUAUGCCACAUUUUCACAGAAAACAGGUCUAAAAAUAGCACUGCAAACUCUGUAGUUAGUUAAAUUUAGUGCUAUAGGUCUCCAGUGUUCACUAAACAAGGGAACAGUAUGAUGAUCCCUCAAGCAAUUUGGUUUUGUCCUGAUGCCUUAAUGCCCGGUGAAAGCUUGUUGAAUCCCACUUUGCGUAGAAAGCCACAGGUCCACGUUUGGAAAUAUAAGUAAUUUUUCAAUUAUGUACAAGAAAGUUGUGCAUCAAAAUGACCAAUAUUUGCUGGAGUUGGAAGAGAGAAGAUAAAUAUGAUCUUGUAGGAACACAAGACAUUUUUUAAAGAUAUAUGGAAAUGACAAGAUUUAAACACAAUAUUUCUGAUGACAUCAGUGAGCUUUAAGAGUGGGUCCAUGGUGCUUUCAAAUUCUCUCACUGAAAAAAUCAUUGUUUGCAAAGGGAAAUUAAUCUCCUUUUAAACCAUCUCUUGCUGUCAAGCUUUGAAAGUAGUCUUCACAGAUUCAAUAUUCUAUCAUUCUGCCCUAAUACCUGGAACUCAAUUUCUUCUAAUUUUUGGAGCAUACCUGUACAGUCCUCCCUUGCACAAAAAUGACUGCUUGCCAGUGUCAGCCCCUGUAGCAGUAUCCCAGCUUAGCAGAGUAAUUCUGUCCAAAAGCAGUCAGUCCCAAAUGUGUAUCUAGCCACCCAUUACUGGACACGGUACGCAUUUUUUUCUGGGGCUUGGCCUCUAUCAUUCCAGGUUUUCCUGAGGUCUAGUGUGCCAUUGCACAUUAAUGAAGUCCUGGGGAGGAUUUUCUCAGCCACUAGUCAAGGUAACUAUACAUACAUUUUUUUUUCUGUUUAGAACAACAGGACCAAAUCACUUUGGGGGACUACUAAAAAUAGUAUGAUAGGAUCCCUCAGAACAUCAGCACCAAUUUUCCUCUUAAAUCAAGUCUAGGGAUCAUUGGGGGAACACCAGGACAGGAAAAUAAAAAGGACUGUUCCCUUUCAGCAAGGACAGCAGACAAGGUGCUGAAACAUUUAUAGCUGCAGGAUAAGUAGGAUAGCACCACUAGCUACAGCCUGCGAGGGUUCCUCACAGAAUACAGGAAAUGCUGAGAAAAGAUGUAAAUCAGUAAAAAGAUACAGUGUAGGAAAAGGUAAUCAGAUGCCAAUAGAGAUGGAGAACAGUUUUUCAUCAAACAAAAUAGAUAUUGCUGCUUGGAGAUAUCAAAGUGUAUUUGCUGAAGGUAACUGCUGACAACAAAUUUCUUUGAAUUAUAUGAGGUGUUUGAAUUCCUUGCAUGUGCAAGUCCAAUCAAAAAAUGCUGGUAAAUACACACCAAAAAAGUACUCACGUUAAAUGCAUUAAGAGCUGUUUAUUGCAUUUUCUAAAAUCUCUCAGCUCUUCACAUAAGGAAGCUUUGUAUGUUUAGAAAAUGCAGAAGCUUCACAGCAGCAGUUCAUACAAGACAGAAAACUAAAGAACCUCUGAAGAAGCGAUGAACACACAUCUGAUGUCUGGAAAUUCAGGUAGUUAAUGAAGGAAGCUAAAGAUAUCAAAGAAAAACAUAAAUGGUGAGUAAAAAUUCCAACCAUAUUACAAAGAAAUGAAAUGUUUAUAGUAGUAGAGGUCCUUCUCUAGUUCAAGAUGGUAAUAUUGUCAGUGUUUGGAAAUAAGGAAUCCUUACUCUACACAACUGUUCCCUGUGUGGUUGGGAUAAAAUCCCACUGAAUUCAGCGGGACAAGAAUUUCACUGACUAUAUUUAUCCUUCCUGAAAAAAAAUUGUAUUCCCACCCAUGUCAGAAAGAAACACACUGAAUUAAAGUAGAAAACUUUAUAAGUGCUGAUCUUUCAGCAUAACCUUUUGCCUUCACACCAUUUUUCUGUUGUUUCAAGCUGUAUGUAUGAUGGAAAGUAUCUGAUACAUUGUAUUAAAGUCUAUUUGAAUUGCAGCAU